CUGUACUGCUCCUAGUUUAUUCUAAUACAGCUUCUUCUUUGCAUUGCUGUUUUCAGGAGUCUCAGUAAAAUGGACAGAAACGGCAGUUGCAACAGUACAUUUUCUAAGGACUUGUUACCUCCCAUCUAUGGUGUGGAGAUGUGUGUGGCACUGGUGGGGAACAUACUGGCACUGUGGCUGCUUGUGACUAAGGAGAAGAAGAACUGGCACAUGGGAGUGGUGUUCUCCUGCAACCUGAUCAUCACUGACAUCUUUUACGCCCUCACACUCCCACUUCUCAUCGUCUACUAUUCAAGAGGACGGGUCUGGGGAUUUGGUAAUGCACUCUGCAAAAUAGAGCGUUUUCUCUUCACCUGUAACCUCUAUGUCAGCAUUUACUUCAUCAUGUGCAUCAGUGUCCAUCGAUACCUGGCCAUUGUUUAUCCAAUUUUCACACGCAAACACAUUCGCCCAAAACACGCCAAGAUCAUCAGUGUGUUCGUCUGGAUAUUUAUUGCAAUCAUUUCAUCUCCAGUCCUCUACUAUUCAGGGCUGAAUACGGACAGAUGUUUCUUAUUUGCAAAUGACAGCAGUAAAGCACUUAAACCUAGUAAGAGAAUCUACAGAUUGUUUAUGGCUGUUGCAGGCUGUUUGGUCCCUUUUGUAGUUACAUUUGGAUCCUAUUUUGGUGUUAUAAUGGCUGUUUUUAAAAAUCCAAAUAUGACCUCACUGCAGAAGAAAAGAGUGGCAUUGAUUGUGGGUUUAGUCUGCAUCCUGUACACCGUGUCAUUUGUCCCCUUUCACAUUCUGCAAAUAUGGUAUUUUAAACUGAGAGAAGAAAAUAAGACUAAUUGUUAUGUGCUUAAUGGAUACCAAGUGUCAAAGGCAUUAGCCUGCCUGAACAUGUGCUUUCAUCCCAUCCUGUACAUGGCUGUGUCUGACAGUGUCAGAGCAGUGUGCUGCAAAAGGAGCUCAAACAGAUCAAGCAUACAAAUCACAGGAGAACAUUCUAAGGAAAUUGAAUUGAAAUACAGAGACUGAGACUAUGCAACAUUUUGUUUUGGUUUGGAUGUGGAAUAUAUUGAUAUGAGAUUAAUGUAAUUAAGUAAUA